AUGCCGAGGAGGACCGUGCAAGAAGUGACCGUGCAAGAUGUCCAAAAACGGAGAAACCCCAGCAAACAUUACGUUUACAUCAUUAAAGUAUCCUGGACGGAUGGCAGCACAGAACUCAUUUACAGACGCUACAGCAAGUUUUUCGACUUGCAGAUGGAGUUGUUGGAUAAAUUCCCAGUCGAAGGAGGUCAGAAAGACCCCAAGCGGAGGAUCAUCCCGUUCCUACCGGGGAAGAUUCUUUUCCGGAGAAGCCAUAUCCGAGAUGUGGCCAUGAAAAGGUUAAGGCCUAUCAAUGAGUACUGCAGGGCCCUCAUCCAGCUGCCAGUUUACAUCUCACAAUGCGAGGAGGUCAGAGUGUUUUUUGAGACCAGACCUGAAGACCUCAACCCACCCAAGGAGGAACCAGCAGGAAAGAAAAAAUCAGGGUUUGUGGAGAGAGCGGCUACUUUCCUAAAGCGAGGAGAUGGCACAUCGGCCGACCCGCUCCUUUUGGACCAGUAUGUGGCAGUAACGGACUAUGAGAAGCAGGAAAGCUCUGAGAUCAGCCUUCGAGUGGGUCAGGUGGUGGAGGUCAUUGAGAAAAACGAGUCAGGCUGGUGGUUUGUGAGUUCAGAAGACGCCCAGGGUUGGGUUCCUGCCACCUGCCUGGAGGCUCAGGAUGACCCUGAUGACUUUGCUCUUCCAGGAGAAGAAGCGCCUCGGAGAUUCUGGUCUUUGCCGAGGCACGUGGGCCGUCGCCGAACUUUAGGGGAUCUUUUCAGCACGGGCUUUGGGCAAGAGGAGAAAUAUUCCGUGGUUUAUCCCUACUCGGCCAGGGAUCAAGACGAGAUUGACCUGGAACGAGGAAUGAUUGUGGAGGUUAUUCAGAAGAACUUGGAGGGCUGGUGGAAGAUCAGGUACCAAGGACGUGAGGGCUGGGCUCCAGCGUCCUACCUGAAAAAGGCUGACAUCCAGAGCCAGAAGCAGGCAGGUGGCGUCGCACACGCUAGCACCAACGACCUGGACGGGUUCUCCAAACAGAGCCAGCCGAUCAGAGAGACCCGAGAGGGCAACCAGAAAGAAAACAGACUCUCAUUCUUCUCUGAUAACAAAAAAUUUGGACUACGACAAAGACCUCCUCCACGCAGAGAUCUUUCCAUUCCUCGUGGUACAAACCUUCCCAAGCCACCUGGUCCCCCGCAGGUGGAGGAAGAGUUCUACACAAUAGCAGACUUCCAGACCACCAUCCCUGACGGCAUUAGCUUCCAAGCUGGUGUCAAAGUGGAGGUGAUUGAAAAGAAUGGCAGUGGAUGGUGGUACAUUCAAAUAGAUGACCAAGAAGGUUGGGCCCCAGCUACUUUUAUUGAGAAGUACAAGAAGACAAGUAAUGCUGUACGGCCCAAUUUCCUGGCGCCUCUGCCCAAUGAGAUGGAACGGCUGCGAUUGGAGGACAGCAGUUCUUCAAACAUCCCGGGUACAGAUGAUAGCUGGUCUAAGCCUUUACCAGAUGAGCCCACCGCAGCUUCUGAAUCCUGCACACGGGUCAAAUUGAGAGACUGGAAAUCUGGCGCUAACAAGUCUUCUGCCUUCUCCGGACCGCUGCCUCCAGCUCCCGUGGCGCCUCCUGAUGACAAACCAGCUCUACCACCGAGAAAGGAGUCCAUCAAUAAGAGUUUUGACUCGGAUAUGGCAGAGAAACCAGCUAGGCCUGAUCAUUCCAAGCCUUUGCCCCCGAAACCACCCGCUCCUGGGGUCAUCGUGCCUCUGGUUGCGCCAAAGGCAGCGCCUUUCAAAGCGGACAAAACAUCAGAACCAAAGAAAGAAGACAAGAACAAAGCGCUUCACCUUCGCAAUGAGAUGGGUCUAGAAUGCGGUCACAAAGUCUCUGCCAAAGAAGUCAAGAAGUUCAACCUGAAGCCGGUACCCAAGCAGCCUCCGAAACCCAAGUCCGAAGCUACAGAGGAGAAACCGGAGACAGCUUCUCCAGCAGUAUUCAUGAAACCAAAACCGGUCAUCAGACCUAAACCUGUUCCGGCUGCCAAGCCAGACCCACCAGCAGAGAACAAACUUGACAUCACCAACCUGAGAAGUAAACUGAGGCCUUCAAAACCCGUGGAUACCCCUGCUUUAGGAGAAGGCAACAAUAAUCAAAACGAUACACAUGAAGUCCAUCCUAGCGCACCAUCCUUCCAAAUCCCGUCUAUGAAUAAUGGCAAGAACUGCGACGAGUCGAAAUUCCCUCCUAGACACAUGAACGGCCAUAGUCAAGAGAGCUCGCCCCCUCCUGGAAAACCUGCGGUUCCUCCCCACAAGGAAGUCCCUCUGAGACCCCCUGCCUUGGGUCCAAGAAGACCUCCUCCUCCAAAGAAAACCUCUCCAUCCAGCCCCACUGAGAUCAAACCACCUUCUGCUUUAAAAGACCCUCAAGACCCCCCUAAGACUGGACCAUCUCAACUCAACAGACCCCCGCCCCCUAAACCAAAGGGCUUUUCUCCAGCUAGCCCGAGCAGAGAGAAAGAAGACCCCACGGGUGUUAAAAAGGCGAUUCCCCCUAAACCCCAGGUGAAAAGCGACAAGCCAGGUCCACCCAGAGACAAACUCCCACCUUUGCUCAAGGAGCCCAGCAAGGAAGAGUUGUACCUGGCUGUGGCUGAUUUCGAUGGCGACGACCCCACGUCCAGCUUUAAGGUGGGGACGCUCUUUGAGGUGCUGGAGAAGAACAGCAGCGGCUGGUGGUUUUGUAAAAACAUAGGAGAAGAUGUUGAGGGCUGGAUCCCUUCCAAUUACUUGAGCAAGAAACCUUAA